CAUUGCAAGUGUCAAACCAUAACAAUUUGUUUAAAGCGUUGUUUUUUAUUCGUCCCUCGCUAUUGAUUGCUAAGAUAAUUGAAGGAUUAAAAAACAAUAGUAAUAACGAGCCAGUUACUAUAAAUUAAAACGCAUUCUCGAUUUGGUUAAGCAGCAGUAUAUAAUCACAAAUAAUAAUGAAGCUUGUAAGGUUCUUGAUGAAACUCAGUCAUGAAACUGUAACAAUCGAACUAAAAAAUGGAACACAAGUGUAUGGUACCAUCACUGGAGUCGAUGUUGCAAUGAAUACGCACUUGAAAGCUGUUAAAAUGACAAUCAAGAAUCGAGAUCCCGUACAAUUAGAUUCUCUUAGUAUUCGUGGAAAUAAUAUUCGUUAUUAUAUUCUGCCAGAUUCUUUGCCGUUGGAAACCCUACUCAUAGAUGAUACUCCAAAGUCAAAGCUAAAAAAGAGGGACCAAAAGGGAGGACGAGGAAAUGGUGCCCAAAGAGGAGGAUUUGCCAAAGGAAGAGGAAGAGGACAAAGAGGCCGUGGAGGAAGACGUGGUGGUCCCCCGUCUCGCCGAUAAACAAUAUGAAAUAUUCUCAAAAACAUGUUUUUUUUAUUUACACCUUGGGAAGUUGAUACAUCAUAACAUAAAUUCCAUAAAUAAAAAAACAUAAAAACAUAAA